AGCUCCAUGUAUUGCUGGCUGGAAGAGGCUUCUCGUGUAGGGAUGACAAAUACGGAAAGAUGUCUCAUUUUCUGUAGGAAUUUGGUCAUCCAUCGGUUAGAUCCUAAUGACACACAUUUGUGGUAUUCAAUCCAUUCAUUCUGUAGAGUUUACAGCCUUUUGAUGCAUUUGUUGGGACGCCUUGCAUCUACACUAUUUGAUACAACAUUUUAAACAUGCCAUGGUUUUUCAUAGGCAGUCUAAAAUGGACCAUCUGCUUCGCCGUCGCAGAGAGAGAGAGAGGAACGUCGAUGGGAAGCAGAGGAUCAUGUUCACCCUCACCUUCAUCGAGUGUAUCGGUCACCGCUUCGCCAACAUUGCCGACAUCAAUAUGAACAAAAGUGCUGGUGAGCUAUCUGCUGCUGAACUCAAACGUUUUGUAGGCCUGGGAAAGACUGUUGAUGUCUCGAAGAAGCGAUGAACUCAAACGUCUCUUCGAGUCCUUCAUGUUCCGCGUUAGUAGUCCAAUUGUUUGGUUGUGCAUUGACCACAAUUUCAUGUCCGUCGGUCUUUGGAUUCAUUUCAAUCUGCUUUACUAGAGCCCAUUAUUAAUCAAAAACUGUAUUAUAAUUUUACAUUUGUUAGAAGUGUUGAAUCUAUCAAGUUGAACUGAGUUGUGUUUA